UUUUAUAUUGAUCAAUUUUGUUCACAAAAUAAAGAUGGAAAAUCUAUGAAGAAUAUUGAUGGCCUGAAUCUCUAUUGCCUAGUUAAGGGUCCGUGAAGAGGGAAUGUGUAUCUUUCCAAAAAUAUUUCAGAACCUCUUCAGAUUAUACUGAAAAUUCAAGACUGUAAAGACCUCAGAGCAAUUCAGAAUCUAGAAAUGUGCAGAUAUUUAGGCUGCUUUGAAGUUCGACUCUUGGUUUUGCCAGCUACUAGGUUUCAGGAUUAAAAGUCACUGUGAUUAAUCCUGGAAAUAGCAGGUUCCACUGCAAAUUUGGUAGUAAAUAAGAAACCAUUUCUAGAGAAAAAUAUGGAGAUUUUUCUCAGGCAUUUAGGGCCAGGCUAAGUUUGAUGCGUUCUGUAAUUUAGCCAUUGGAAUAGUACCUAUCUGUUCACGGAAUCGAUUAUAUCAUGGAUGUUUGAGAUGGUCAAGUCAAUUUCAUUUUUCUAGCUUUAAGAAGCAUAAAGGUCUGUUCUUUAUAACUUAUUAGAGAAUUAUUGAAUAUUUUGAUGAAAUUUUGGCCUAAAUGAAUGGUCUGGCUUUGGAGGAAGAGGAAUAAGUUGGAUUAAGAUACCUCAUCCUUGAUUCCUUCUUGCAUAUAACACAUGUGAUAUCUACCAACAUCCAAACUACUAUAAGUGAAGUUUGGCUAUUCAAGGAAAAUGCCAAUUUCUUUGAAGUGUGAGACAAGUAAUGAGAUUAAUUUGGUCAUGCUUGGUAGUGAGAAGCAACACAAAUGAAAUUGAAAACAAGAC